GCGGCCGUAGCAAAGCCUUCCUAAACAAGAAACUACUUAAAUGGGCCCGGCCGGGGUGGAGGGUUUGGUUUUAACUGGCACAGAGCAAGAUCCUGAGAACCUCAGAUUUCACUUCGAUGUUCGAUGUUCGAUCUCUACUCACUCAACCCUCAAUGUCUCAAAUUGAAUCAUCCAGCGGUUCGCCAGAGUUGCGCCCAGGCAAUCCAGUGUCAGCAACGUCUACACAGAGCCAUCAUUCGUACCAGCUCAGUCCCGAUGUCGGCUUGAGGCCAUACCAGGUGACUCUCAUAAGUCCGUGGUUAUUUGCCGAAAGCAAGCGAAAACAACCCUCUAAUUUUCGUACAGCGAUCGGUGGAGCAAUAAAUACCGGCUUGAUGAUAGCGUUUGGGAAUGCUCUUUCGCGGUAGGUCGUCUGGUUGCGCAAAGGCACGCCGUACACUGAUGACCCAUUCUAGAUCUGGACCGGCCUCUAUCUUAAUUUCCUAUACCUUUGUCGGGUUUAUCGUCUUCCUGGUUGUCUCCGCACUUGGGGAAGUGGCUUCUUUUUCACGAGAGCCAACCACUCUACAUACUCAAGCGAAACGAUUUUGCGGGCCUUCGUUGGGGUUCACGUUGGGAUGGAUAUACUGGCUCAAAUAUAUGAUGGUCAUCAUCAACCAGAUGACCGCAGGCGUGGUUGUGAUAUCAUACUGGACUACGGUUCGAAUUGUGGACAAAAUCGCCUAUAUCACAGUAUUUUUGGCUGUGAUAAUCUUCAUGAACUACUGGAGUGGUCGUUUCCUUGGCCGCUAUGAAGUUGUUCUCUCGUCGUUCAAAGUUUUCAUAGUGCUGGGGCUCAUGAUCCUGUCACUCGUUAUUGCCUUUGGUGGCGGUCCAGAUCACAAGAAGGGAUUUCGUUACUGGAGAAAACCCGGCGCGUUCGCCAAUGAGGCGGACAGGACCGCUUUGGGAGUAUUCCGUGCCAUCUUCAGAACUUUCCCCUCCACCACACUAUCUUACUUGGGAACCGAACUAAUUGGCAUGGCUGUGUUGCACACACAUGACUCUCGAAAAGCAGCAGCUAGAGCAAUUCAGCAAACAUUUUACCGCAUUCUGGCCUUCAAUCUUGUUAUUGUCACUCUAUUAGGGAUGGCGAUUCCUUACGAUGAAGACAUAUUAGCAUUGCCCACGUACACCUCUAAGCGCACUGCGUCAGCAUUCGUCGUGGCGGUCCAAAUGGCUCAUGUUACUGUGCUGCCGGACAUAUUGAAUGCAUGCAUCCUUUUCUUUGUCGUUUCUUCGGCAAGCAGGGCCCUUUGCAUGGCAACACGAAUCAUUCGUGAGCUCUCCUUUGAGAAGAACGCCCCUCGAUUCCUCCAACGCACCGAUAGACGCGGUGUGCCGGUGUACGCCUUAGGAAUAAGUUUCGCCCCGGCCUUGUCGGGUUUUCUGAACCUGCUCACCAUCUCCGGGCGACUGUGGAGCUACCUUGUCAAUUUGGUUACUAUGUUCAGCAUAUUGACCUGGGUGUCAAUACUCGUUAUCCAUAUAUCGUUUGUACGUGCCCGCAAAUGCCAUAGGAUCGCAUCUGAGGAGGUGCCUUUUAAAGCACCAUUCGGUAUUCUUGGUUCAUGGAUCGCUUUGGUGCUUUGCAUCUCAAUACCCAUCAUGCGAGCAGUUGAACUAUCUGAUCGCAAUUUCUACAACCAUGGGUUGGAUGUUGGUGCUUUCGUCACCUCUUUUGUUGGGAUUCCUCUUUACUUCGCUUUGGUCCUGGGAUAUAAAGCGGCAUCGAGACGAAGGAGAAACCACGCACGUGCGAAAACAGAAGUAUUACCUACUAGGGUACGAAGUUUGCAGGAUACUGAGACAGAUGGGGCGGGCCACAGCGAGACUACAACGCUUUGGGGAGGACGAAUUAUCCCCAUAUGGCUGAUAUAAGGCGGGAGCUAGGCCCUUGGACAACGCUCUUGGUGCGCCCUACUCGAUGCUGCGGGCUGCGCCACGCAUACAGUAAAGGUGAUGAUGAUGGCACUGCAUAAGGAAUGCUACCUAGGUGUAAUUGUUGAUAACCAUAACAAGCAGUUGCUUCAAAGCAAGGCUAAACCCUACCGUCCAGACUCUUAUGCUGGCCAUGAUUUACUUUUCUUCGCCCACAUUGUAUAGUAGUCUUAUAUAUAGAAGUGCUGUAAUCAGCAAAGGCCUUGGUUUCCAGCCUCAGCGUCAAGAGCACCAACAGGAAUCGCCCUUUGUGGGUUGACAGCGGGCCCACUUGCACUUUUCGUUUCCCCUCC